GCCCUUCAUAUCCAAGACCGAAUGAGCCACAACCAUGACUUCUUCUCAUCAAGAAAAACAUGUCGACGCUCUUUUCGCCCUGCUUGAAGGCCAAGGCAGUGGGAGUGACUACAUCGGCGAGUCCAUCUCCCAGCUAGAGCAUUUUCUGCAGGCUGCUCAUUUUGCGAAAGAGGACGGCGCGGAUGAAGAGACCAUCGUCGCAGCGCUUUUUCAUGAUGUGGGACAAAUUCUCCCAGAGUCGACAGCUGGCCGCCUCCUCGAUCCGGAGUCAGGCAAGAGCGUGGGGAGGCAGGGGCAUGACGCCAUCGGGGAAGCAUACCUGAGGAAAGAAGGGUGGCCAGACCGGCUUUGUAGCUUGGUCGGCGCCCAUGUCGAAGCCAAACGAUAUCUCACAGCGUGUGAGCCCGGCUAUCUCGCUGGCCUCUCUUCGGCAUCGCAGACUUCACUGAGGCUGCAAGGUGGUCCUUUUACUAGACAAGAGGUACAAGCAUUUCAGUCGACCGACUCUUGGAGGGAGAAGGUAUCUCUGCGUCUCUACGACGAUCGGGCCAAGGUCGUUGGGCUUCAGACAGAGCCGCUGGAGGCAUAUCGAGACAUGGCACUGAGAGUGCUCAGGCACAAUUGCAUACCGGAGCGCAUAUAUUGAGCGAUAAAUUGAUGACUAUUCCAGGGAAGGACCUGUCCGACUGUCGCUUCUCCUCGUACAACUACGCCUCUGCAUCUUGUGCUUUGAGCUUCUUGUGCCCCUUGACAGUAGUCGUGGUCAUCAUGAUGGCGGCCGUAAGAGCCCCUGUGGCCGCAAAUCUGUGAUGGAAUUGUGAAUGCCGAAUGUCUGUGAUC